CGGACAGUUCGCAGGGUUGCUACUGCUUGAGUGGAGUUGGGGGUCAUCCGAGCAGGACAGAGACCGAGCCUUGUGAGUGCGUGAGCGCCGUGUCCAGGAUACUCGCCGCGGUGGUGUCGUGACAGAUGGGGGCGGCAGAAGGCCCUUUCGUCGCCGGGGGCAGCAGCGGGAUGGACCAAUGCCGCCGGACGUGGCCACCGAGGACCUAGUGCAAGGAGCAGGUGCUGGGGCAGCUAGCCACCCGCCACACGCACUAAGGAGAUGCCGUGAUGGCAAGAGAGGAGUCGCGCGGAAAGAGGCCCUUCAAGCUAUGGGACGGGCGGCGUAGUGUACGGAAGGGGCUGGUGGUGGGCAGCCUCGAAGAGUUGGUGCAACGUGGAAGGGACAAGUUGGGCGUGAACGUCGGCGAACCGGUACGACUGGUACUCGAAUCGGACGGCACCCAGGUCGAGGACGGCGAGUACUUCCGGACGCUGCCCGCCAAUACGAUAUUGCUGCUACUCAGGCCGGGAGAACGAUGGUUGCCGGCUGGCGUCGACGUCAUCAAAGCAGUAGCAAUCAGCGCGAUCCCGAAAAUUGUAUGCGAGACGAUAAACGCGUUGGAGCUGCACGAUGAGACGCCCUCGUGGAAAAUCAUGGACAACAAGGGGCGCGUCACCGUGGUGCUGCACUGGGACCAGCGGGGCGCGGGCGGCGGGGGGCCUUCGUCGAGGGCCCCCUCCGAGACAUCCUCUCCGGCGCCCGGCAAGUUCUCACCCUCAAAACGGCCGUCGCUGGUCAUCCAGACGGCCAAGAAGGAGACCGUCAUCAACGAGGUGUACGGCAGUGCGGCCGCUGCUGCUGCCGCUGCCGCAGCCGCUGUCGGUCAGCAACCACGGUAUGCUAGCCCCCAGAUCACUGUGAUAAACCAUGACGAGGUAAAACCGACGUCAGUGAGCGGCGGCACGGGUCCAUCCGGUCACCGACUGUCAAAGCAAGGUAGCUCGCUAGAAGGCGCCACCAUUCACAUCCACACGCCCGAGUGUGCGCACCACGUGCACAUGCCGCGUGCGGGCAGUCCCCAGGGAAAUGGCGUCGUCGAGUGCGACUUCCACUGCUGCGCGUUACAUGAGGAGGGCAGGAAGAUAGCGGUGCAUAAAAGCGUCGCCACUUCGCCCAUCCAGGAUGCGCACCAGACAUCGCCGCAGCCACCACAUGCCAGGCAUGUGCGUUUUUUAGACAUUGAAGGUGGCGGCCGAGGCGGGCAGUCCGAACACGAGAGCUCCGAAAGCGAAACGGAGAACACCGUGAUGGAGGACGAGGCCGUCACCUCCGAAAAGUUCCUGCUACUGAUCGAUCAGCUGAGCGUCGAUCAGAAACGACAUCUCACUAUCAAAGAUAUCGGCAUCAUCCUAGAACGGCUCAGCUCGAAAAUCCUAGACGUCGAGCGCCUGGACAGGGAGAGCGAAAGCGACGACUGCUACAACUGGACCAUCAAGGCGACUAUCAGGGGAGACGUGCUUCGCGAGCUUGGAGUGAUCUAUAAUGGCAACUACUACGCUAUUUCAGAGCAUCCUGGUUACAAAGAAGAAAACGAAGGCAUAGUGGAAGAGGCCGAGGAAGAAGAAGAGGAAGAAGAUCGGCUAUGAGCACCGCCACCUAACGUUCGAAGCUCGAGUCAACAACGCUGCAGAACAUAAGAGGUGCCCAGUAAUAUUACCAUGAAAAGCGUGCUCUGUUCAGAAAUAUUGUCACCAUGCUAAUUCUCGUCAUAUUUCAUCCAAGGUUAAAUAGAAUAUAUAAUUCAAUUACGGUAAAAAUGUCAGAUGUUUGAAUAUAGCGAUUAAGGGAAACGUAAGAAAAUUCAGCCAAAAAUCAACACUUUCGACCACAAUACAGAUAGAUUCCUAUGUAAUACUUUUUGUGUUGUCACAACAAUAUGAAAUGUCCAGGUUAUGUAUGGUGAAAAUAUUCCUAUCGCCGCUUAAUGUUACUGGGCCAAAACGCAACCGACUGCCAUACGUCAAAAAGCACAAACAAGACAUUAGUCAUAUAACAAAUGAACGAACGCCGUGAACGAGCGAUGGACCUCUGUUGUUGUUGUUGCUGCGCCUGCGCAAUGUCACAUAUCGGAUGUGAACUCUGGUUUUUCCUUAGUAUUUGUGAAAGGCCGGAUGGGCAUUGAAGGGUUUUCGCACCUGAGUAUAAUGUUUUUCCAUGAAAAAUGUAUAGACUGCAUUCAAAAGAUGUGAAGAAGCCUUGAGAUGGUCGGCUAAUGUAUUAGUACGUUCUCUCUAAGUUUUUUCUAACAUACCUACUAUAAAGUCUUGUACCAAAACGGAAGAGAAAGGGGUAAGACAUUCUACUCCACUGCUUUGUCGAUGAAAAGAAAAUCCGCACUAGCAGCGGUGUAUGCUCUUCAUGCUUUAGUACCCGAGUAUUGGAGAGGUAAGCUUUUAUUUCUUCGAAUGACCUCUUAUGUUAGUUUAAUGAUACUUAAGUACAAUGUCACGUGCCAAAAUCGCGUAACCUUUUUUUUACUAUUUUGAUCACUUACUAGUAAUUUGAAUUCCUCUUUAUUAAUGGUAGAGUGCCCUUUCUUAUGCCAAAUCCUUUUAAAAGAUUUUCUUUUGGUAAAUUUCAUAGUUUAUUGAUUGUAUAAUUUCACACGUAUUAUAUCUUUAUUUCUGUAUGAUUCAGUAUUGGGUUGAAAAAACUUUCCUCCUGAGAUUGUCGUGUGAGCGCCAUUUGUUUAGCCUCCAGAUUCUGGGAUAUUAAGUGCCGAACACCAGUUUGUGGAGUAGUACCCCUUCAUACUGUAUCUCGCAUUUAGUUGACUUGGUUUGGGUGCUACCCCGUCCAUUUUCUUAUGGGCUUUUAAUCUUCGGCGUGGGAAGGCAUUGUGGAGAACCACCACACACUCCUCCAGCUUUGUUUUGUAGCUGAUAUUGCCGGAAGCCACUCCUUCAACGUGACAAAAAAACCUGUUCACAUCAGGCCCCAGUUUGUUGCCCUUUGUCAGGUUUUAUUCGGGAAGGUGUGCGUCGGGAGGCGAUUGGUUUGGUGUGCAUCUCAGUAACAUCCUAACGAUGACAAACACCCCGUUGCUACUGCGAUACACGUCAGUCCCGCCCAGUAUAGUUUUCUGACGGAUCGGCGGCAGUAACACAUCACGGAACACCCUAUCUAAAUUUGUUUUUUUCCUUUGUUUGACCGGAUCCUGGUGCCUUGAGUACCUUUCAGUCUUGUGGAACUAAAUCUAACCUCCAUAUAAUUCUCGUUGUCGGGGCAAUGCUAAUUUAUCUGGUCGCCCAACAUCAGCAGAUCAGUUUCCACUUUGGAAGUAUUGCCAGUGUGCCCAUUCCUCUUCACUUGCACCUUCUUGGCAUGAUAUACCGUUCGUUUACUUAGGUUUAGAGUUAUAUAUAUAUAUAUAUUUUUUUUUUUGGUGGGAAUUUUUGUGUGAGUUUGGAUAUUCACUUUGAUUAAGUAUAGUCAGUUUGAUUCUUGUCUCUAUAGGUUAUUGGUAGCUCAGCAUUAUUUAUUAUUCGGUUAUCUACUCUGUAGAUACUCUCUUACUCCAAAGAGAGGGGGGUUGUCAAAAUCACGUAAUCUUUUUUAUACUAUUUUGAUCACUUACUAGUAAUUUGAAUUUCUCUUUAUUAAUGGUAGUGUGCCCAUUUCUAGGGAAAACCCUUUUCAAUGAUUUUCUUCUGGUAAAUUUCACACGUGUUAUAUCUUUCUUUCUCAGUGAUUCAGUAUUGUGUUGACAAAAAAAAACUCUGUGGUUUUUUUCCGUUAUUUGGUGUCCUAUCGAACAUAUCUCUUGCGUUUAGUUGUUUUGGUUUGGGUGCUACUCCGUCCAUUUUCUUAUGCGAUUUUAAUCUUCAGCGUGGGAAGGCAUUGCCGAGAACCACCACACACUCCUCCAGCUUUAUUUUGUAGCUGUUUUGCAGCUGAUAUUGCCGGAAGCCACCCCUUUCCCUUAACAGCAAUCUAGUCGAUAUUGAGCCUUGAAGCAACACAAUUAGUAGAUAAGUAUAUGCAUCAGUUGGAUAAAUCUAUAAUAAUGCCUUCAGUCAAACUCAUCAUUUUUUUAAGGUCACUGCAUUAAGUUAGACCUCCUCACAAAAAUUGUUCAAUCUUGAAAGGGCUGUCACUAUCUGAAAAAAAAAAUCACAAAUGAAGCGUCUUUUUUUUCGAGAACAAAAGCCAAAACUGCCUGCGUAUUAUUGAAUCAAUAUAUGAAUGAGAGAGAAAGAGGCUUUCCUGUAACUAAAAUAAAUGAUUAGCAGUGUAUGUUUCAAGCCGUUGAUUUUUCAAAUCAACCUCUUGCAAAAUGUUCUUGAGUUUUAUUCAUUUGGUUUUAGAUUUUGUGUGCUCUUAACACUGAAAGAUUCGGAGGUACGAACACCACAUCGCUGAAGCAUACACACGAAGAUCCACUUACCACUCUUCUAACAUAAGUAGGUGGCUUUUAAGGUUCUGCGGGCAAGAAACAUUUCCAUCAAUAACGUUUCAUAAAUUCUAUCAAGACAGACACGCUCGUCACUCUCUAGUAAUAGAAUGACAGGAGAUUGCUCUUGUAGUUGAAGAAACUGAGAGGAGACACUCAAGGGACAAAAUGUAAGGGACAAGGAAAUAAGGCAUCAAUUGCAAAUAAUCUUAUUUAGUUCCUCUUUUAAUUUUCUCCUAAACAAACUGUAUGCUUUGUUAUGCUCCUAACUUGCGAGGCCUCACUGUGGCUGUCAAUCAUUGCAGGCAGGAAAAUUCAUAUCUGUAUUGUGGGAUCGCGAUGAUGCAAGAAUUGAAAUGAAUGACACAGCGGUGGUUAGCAGCGGUAGCCGACAGGGCCGAAACUACGGUGGUGACUCGCACUUAGAAUCUGAAUAGUCGAGGAGAAAACCUCGCAUUCGUGGAAGGAAUUCUCCGACUAUUUUUCUCAAGAUCAGGAUUGUGAAUGCUGCACGACAUGAAUCAAAAGGUUGUCGGGCUGUAACGCGGAUUAGGAUUAGGAUUAUUUUGAACAAUGCCAUAUGCGAUUCAAAAUCUGAAAAAUCUUAAAAAUAAUAAUCUCCAAUGUCAAAAACUUUGUCAAAAAUCAUUUUUUAAGGUUACCUGUUGUCUAAAUAGAAGUUAAAACCUUUCUCUACAAAACGCUAGAGUAUUUUAAGUUUAGGUUACUCAAAAUUAGAGUUAUGUCAUUGUUAAUAAUGCAGUAUAGCACAAUUGAAUAACACUUUAUGAUAAAUUCAGUCUAAAAUACACUUCGGCGUCUUGCAAGGAAAUGUUAGAGUCUCAAUUUAGAAACUUGAUACAUUCAAAAAGAAUAAUUUUCAAUCUAGUUUUUAACCCUUUCAUCAGGCCCGCUCAAAGACGCCUCCGGUAGGGCGUGGUGCGCCUGAGAGGCUACACUGCCAAAAACUGCCAAUCAAAUUUAUGCUACGCCAUCAUUUGUCACAUGCAAAAAUUGCCGACUUCUCAAAUAUGAACCGGACUUUUGUUUUAGUAAUUUUAUUGGUAUAGUAAAUGCAAGUUUAUUUUUCUACAGAAUCUCCUUUCUUAUUGAUGCAUUUUUCCCAUCGGAUCGGAAGUUUUUUAAUUCCCCCAUCAAAGGAUGAAGCUGGUCAGUAGCUAAUUCGCCAUCGUCAAAGUGGUGACAUCCCAGGUCUUCUUUAAGUUGCCCAAACAUGUGAUAUCCACUUGGCGACAAAUCAAGGAUGUAAGGCGGGUGUUCAAGUGUUUCCCAAUGAAUUUCGCGUAAUAUUUUCUGUGGUCAAUGCAGCUGUGUGCGGCAGAACGUUGUCAUGGAGCAGAAUGGCACUUCGAAUAGGCAUUUUUCGCCGAUAGGCCAGUUUCACCUCUUUAAGCAGUUGGCAGUAGUAAGCAGCAUUAACUGUAUGGCGACCGCGAAGAAAAUCAACUAACAGUACACCUCUGCAAUCCCAAAAUGCCGUUGCAAGAACUUUUCCUGUAGAAAGACUGGUCUUGGCUUUUCGCAGGGUUGCCUCUUCAGGCUUUCGCUACUCCAUUGAAAAUUUUCUUGCCAGUCGUUCACACUGUCCUAUCGCGGAACUGAGCUGUUAAUAGACGCAAAAUUUCGGAAGGUUUUACGCCCUCCCGCGACAAAAAUUUUAUGAUAAUGCGUUACGCAACAGACAUAAGCAACUCUUGCUCAGACAUGAUGCUACUAACAGCUCAUCUACUUUGGCGCACCAAAGUGACUGACUCCCGUCGUCCUGACAUGCCCACCUAACAUAUACCAAGACGUCGCCCCACUCCAUUCACCUAUGGCGCGUUAAACAGGAAAGCCCGGUUCAUAUUUGGUCCACCUUCGUACGAAGAGGUAUAAUUGAAAACUCAUUAAUUAUAUCCCAACAAUAUCAUUGAAUGUGAACUAAGCUGCCACAGCUGUGGCUAGCAUUUUGAUCGCGCCCGAUGGAAGGUUGAGCAUUGAAUACUGCAAUUUUUAGAGGUUCAAUAACCUCAUAAAGUUAGUUACUAAGGACAUUUUUUCUUCAGUACGAUUCGAAAAACUUUGCUCGGUGAAAAAAACAAUUUUUUGUAAUUUGAUUAGAAAUCUUUGUACCGGGUUACUGCUCUUACUAAAGGUCGGCCAACGAACAUGAUUAUGGAAACGAGUAAAGACGGAACAUUUCUCCCACGAAUGCGUCUAAAAUUUGAAUUCGAUUUGUUGGAUGCCUCAGUGUGUGAAAACUCCUCUGCCUGUCUCUCGGCCGGAAGCAUUAUAAACGCUAUAACAAGUGAAAAUCGCGCGUGCGGGUCGCGUAUGCCGCGCGCGUAUCGUCGGACCGACCGAGCGUAUCUGGCGGUCCAACGGACAGACAAUCUAUAGUCGUACACACACUACUUCAAACUACUACUCAACGGAAUAUAACUACGGCAGAAAACAGUUUUUUGUAUGAGAGAGUUUUGAUCCUGUUGAUGAUAAAAUACACACUCGUGAAUACCUUGUAAAUCAAUUCCCUUGUAGGUAACAGCUGAGAGCUUUCAUGGUUGUUGAUGUUUGUAAUCGAAAUGAUUUUGUUUGCGAAUUGUUUGUCUUCUAACUGUUAAAUAGUCGCUUAUAUCAAGUGCUCACAGUUUUUUCUACAGAAAAUGGAACUACAUAAAGGUUUCACCAAUAAAUAAUAGGUACAGAAAGGCCAGUGAAGCUGACUGGAAUAGAGAGUUUUGGGCGUCACGAAUAACCAUUAACGAUCAUCUACAGGUAUAAUCAAUUGACUCCUCAUGACGUACAUAUAAAUGUUAAGUGUUUACGAACUCGCUAUUCGUGAACAGUAAAACUCUCGAAAUCCAUUUUUUUUUUUCAGCUUAAAGUAAAGAAAAUUAAGGACCUUUUGGAAAAAUGAUAUAACAUAAAUGCCAGCCUCUGGAAGCCGUACAAACCUGAGCAUUCUUGACAUUCGUCAUUUCAUUAGCUGUGCGAUACAUUGCUCCAUCCUGCAUUUUUGAAUUGUAGGAGUAACAAAGCAAAUUACCUGCAUCAUUUCAAAAUAAUAUUCUGAUGGCAGUUUGCAAGUGUUUAGUGCCGCUGGUGAGGGUUAUGAUGUACAUGUUGCUUUUCAGAAAAUUCACCAACUUAUGUGUAUCACGCAGAAAAUUCUGUUCCAGCAGGAUGGAAUAACAUAUUACAGAGCUAUGGACGUAAUGAAUAGCUUGUGAUGAGUGUUUUAGGGCGUUUGUUCUUCCUAUUGGGUGAUGUUAAUCUGAGAAUAUUUCUAAAAAAAAAUAAUGUUUAUGAGCAUAGAGCAGCUGAAGAGUAAUAUUAGAUAAACUAUUGAAAAUACUCUUUCAGAUAUUUAACAAAAUAUGAUGGAAAACUUGGUCAUGAAGUUUCAUUCUGCGCAGUUUCCAGAGAGUAGGCAGUUCGAUGAUUAUGAUGAGCAUUUAACAGAAAAGAAGUGGUAAAUUAAUACGUGAAUCUGAUAUAUUCAGACAAUAAAUUAUGAUAAUGGUUAUUACUAUCAUUACAAGACGCUAAAUGGCUAUAGAAUAGUAAUACAUAGUCGUAAUUCCUUAUUGUCUCAGAUAUUGAAUGCGAUCAGAUAAUCCAAAGCAACCCAACGGAGAAGCAGUAGCCAUAGGGUAGAUUUGCCAAUUCGACAGCAGUUUUCACUUGUUUGUCAGAUAAGAUAGAUUGUUGAUCAAAUGCGAAUUGUCAAACAUGUUCCAUUGCUAUUGCUAUUCAUCAUUAAAAGUACUGCACUGCUUGACCGCUUCAAGUUGGCUGUAUGUACUCAUUGUGUUUUGGUGAUUCACUCCCCGAAAUUCAGUAAUUAAAUGGUUAUUUAGCAGUGAGAAGAUUAUCGCAACAGUCUUUAUAAAACAGUUGAAGAUUAGUCAAUUUCACAAGUCUUGUCACUCUAAAAGAAUGGUGAGUUCAUUUAGCUCGAAAAUCGUAAAUGAGCAUUUUAGUUCAUGUAACAUAAACUAAGUUUUCUAUCAUUUCUGGAAAAUUGGUAUGCUGAGAGAAAUUUUAGUUGUGUCAAGAUAAAAUUGGAAAAUUCAACCAUUAAGCAAUCAUCCUACGAAAAUGAUGGUUUGGCUAAUGCUGUUUUGGGAUCGGGGAAACUAACAGAAAAUCUGUCAAUGGAAUUCUAACUCUGAUAUUCCCUAUUGGUUAAUCUUCAGUUUGCGGCCGAGUAACGGUGCUUUUUCAGCUCUAAGAUCAGCCUUUCAGCAAUGAUUGAGCAUAGUUUCUUUCUAAAAUGGCAACUUGCAAGGUUGACGGAUCUUCAACUGUACUAAGUAGUGAAGUAUCGUCGAAGCGGUAUGGUGUUGACUUAAACAGAAGCCGUGGCGUGACGACGAAUAUUGUGGACUUUUUAAAACAAUUUUCUGGGUCAAACUAGACCCCGAUCUAGUUCAUAACUGCUUUAUACUUUUUAUAAUUAUUAUGGUCAUCAUUACGUGAAUUGUACUGGAGAUGUAGACGAUGAUGGUUAAUUAUUUUUAAGAAAUCAUUGGUGAUUCUUCUGUCAUGGUUAUGCCGUUUUGCAUGAACGAUUCAUUGAAAAUAUGUGCCAAAAUAUGUAACCUUGAUGUUAUCAAUUUUGUAGUAGACUAAUUUUUAAAAAAGCGCUAUGCCCUAGCUAUGCUCAAUAUAAUUUUAUUCCUUUAUUAUUUUUUCCUUAACACGACAAUGAAGAUAACUCCAUGUAACAAAAGUGCCAAACAUUCUUUCACGUUAUUCUUAGUGCCAAAGUUGUCAAUAUAUGCUCAAAGAACCGUAAGAAUGAGAACCUAAGCUAGGGGCGACUUACAUUUAGUCAUAGCUUUUAUUGUCCUACUUAUUACAAAAUACUUUUCCAACUAGAAGAACAAUUGCAAUACAGAUCGGUUAGUUUGUGUGUGUCUAAUUGGGAUAAGUGGUAGCAUAGCGACUGCUAAACCUCGCCCAAAUAAAGACAUUAUUAUUAUUAUUACUUAAAUGUAGUUUAUUCCACUGUAACGUCUAUAGUCUGCUAUAUAAAUUGAUAAAUACUUGGGUUUUGUACACGGCAUCUAUGACAGAAAAUAUUAUUCACACAUGCAGUAUAGCAAAAAUGAAAAAGAAUGAUAAGCAGUUUGUUAAGGGUAUAUAAAAUACUGUUUCUAAUUGAGUUACGAUUGUACAUUGCUCAAUUAACCCUUGUUUUUUAUAUUUCACUUUGAUCCAUUUGUUGUGAUAUGAUAGAUAUAUUUAAUAAAAUGACCGUAAUCAUAGUAAAUUUUUCAUGAGAAUGGAAAGAAUUGUAGGUCUAUAUUAGAUAAUUUAUAUAUUAUAUAUACAAUUUAAAUUAACCAACAAUAAGUGCAGGAUGAGUGACAUGAGAUAAAGCAGCUCUAUCACUAUGGCAGACAGUACAAUUUGGAUUAACACAUUAUAUCCUAUAUAUUGGCCCACUGGAAAUAAACAUGUUGCAUCUGCUGCUUAAAGAAAAAAAAAUUAGUUUGGUAAAUAGCGAGAUACAAAAAAAAAACUAUUAAUAAUUGUUCUAACACCUCUAAAACAGUAGAAAAUCUUACUGAAUUAAUUACAAUGUACAGUUGAGAAAACUGUGGAACUCAGACGCUUAAUCUCAAGGUCUGUUUUAUAUCGAUUCAAAAUUUGUGCCAAAUGGGUGAUGAUAAAUUUGAUAUCAUUUGAUACUUAAUUUAAAUGCUUUAGAUCUGCUGUUUCCAUGAAUAGUCUCAAUGACAGUUUGAAUAGAGUAUCAGUGUCAAGGUAAAAGAGUUGGAGUUUUUGUAACAAAAGUGGUUUCAACGACUGGCUAGUGAAAGGGCAAUAGUUCAAAGACAACAUGGUCGAAUUAUCAGUCAUAAAAUCAUUAAAUUUCCACAGCCACUGGGAUGUACGCAAAAAGUCAUCAUCCGCUCGAAGUCAACUGCCAUAGUGACUGGACUUGAAUAGUUGUCAUCAAAUGAUCUAGACAGUGUUGUCCCGCCAUUUGUCACUUUGUUAAGAGCGAUCAAGCAACCACUGGAUCAAUUGAUGGCUAGAGUUGCGUCAAGGUGUGCGUCAGUCGCGUCUCACUAAGAUAGGUAAUGUUUCAUACCGAAUUUCAUGCGCCAAAAGUAACAGUAUUAAUCAUCAGAUGAUGAAGGUGUCAGAGUACUCUUUGAUGUUCUAGUUGCUGCUUCAGCUGUUUAUAUCAGCACAAUAUUAGCUUACUUUUAACAUGUUCCGAUCUUACUUGGAAUUUUCAUCCUUUAUAUUUUUUUUUCUACAAUUUCGGAAAAAAGUCAGGCUAUUCAUUUAACAGAGUUGGCUAGUGUACGUUUUAUUCUUCUUAUAGACUAAUGUUAAAACAAGUGAUUUUAGUUGUUGCAUCCUUCCGUUCGUAUUCUUUAAAUUCGCUACUCACUUCGAAUGAACGUACGUCUUUUCAGCUGAAAUAACCAAUCAUCAAAACACGUAACUACCCUGACUAGCCAUCUUCUUGUCGAUUCGUUAGUCCAGCAAUAAAUGGCGUACCUUCGACUGAAGUGGGAAGAAUCGGAUUUAACGAAUUUUAAUCAUGGAUCAUUUUUUUCAGUCGACAAAAUGCAGCUAGGGUUGAAUAGUUCCCAUUGGUGGAAAGGCUCCAUUUUUUUUUGAGUCGCUGCAACGGCUACUGUUCCAAAUGUCAAAUAUAACAAAACUCAUAAAUGUAGAUGGAGAUAUAAAUUGGACACACGUAAUUAAUCUUUUAAUAUUUUGAGGCAGUUUUUGAUACCUUUAAUUCAUCUGCUCUCCUUGACGCAUCUCUAAAGCACGCUGUACAUAUACGUAAGGUCGUUCACACACAGAGGGUGAAGAACAUAAACGGAAAUACUUUCCUCGCUUAGGCGUAGGAGGUAAAAGUGGGCGUGAAUUCCAUCCCAUAUAUUAUGUUCUAAACUCUAAAACCACUGCCAAAAUAAUGUUAUAAAAGUAACUGAAUAUUACAGAGACUAUUACUAAAAACGUGUUCGUGUUAGUGUUGUUUUCAUGAUAGCUCCGAAGUUAAGGGCGUCUUCCGUGUGAAAAUGAUUGAUUUCGGGGAGGGGAAAUGUUGGUGAUGAUGGUUCGAUUUUUGCAAAUUCUUUUGGUAGAAGAUGUGAGAGUUUUUACAGAAAGACCACGUGGCUAACCGCAG